UCAAAUUAAUUUAUAUAGCCCUUCUUACAUCAGCUGAUAUCUCAAAGUGCUGUUCACAGAAACCCAGCCUAAAACCCCAAACAGCAAGCUAAAAUCUACUAGCCAUACUACAUACGGAUAUACUAGUAAAACGCAGUAUUAAACGUUAAACAAAUAUCAACAUACUGGCUCAAACGACAGAAAAGAAGCAGCGGACACAAGCGGCUGGUCGGUCACAGUUUCUGGCGGACGUUUUAUGGUGUUACACAGCAAUACCGGUACGUGCCAUUUUUCGUUUGUCAAACUGAGCACAAUGCUAGCCAGCAGCUAACAAAAUGAGUUUGUUUUUGGCCAAGUUGUCGUGCAAAAAUGACAUAGACGAGGUAAUAAAAACUGUCGCUGAAAAGGUUUUAGUUCUUCGGUUUGGCAGAGAUGAAGAUUCGGUCUGCCUGCAGCUUGACGAGAUUCUGUCCAAAACCACCCACCACCUGAGUAACAUGGCGUCUAUCUACAUCGUGGAUGUGGACUCAGCUCCCGUCUACACGAGAUACUUCGACAUCAGCUACAUCCCAUCUACCGUCUUCUUCUUCAACGGACAACACAUGAAGGUUGAUUAUGGGUCUCCAGAUCACACCAAGUUUGUGGGCAGUUUUAAGACCAAGCAGGACUUCCUGGAUCUGAUCGAGGUGAUCUACAGAGGAGCUAUGAGAGGGAAGAUGAUGGUCCAGAGUCCCAUCGACCCUCAGAACAUCCCCAAGUACGACCUGCUCUACCAUGGGAUCUAACCCCAUCAUAACCAUGGGAUCUAAACCCCAUCACAACCUGCUCUACCAUGGGAUCUAACCCCCAUCAUAACCAUGGGAUCUAACCCCAUCACGACCUGCUCAACCAUGGGAUCUAAACCCCAUCAUAACCAUGGGAUCUAACCCCCAUCAUAACCAUGGGAUCUAAACCCCAUCACGACCUGCUCAACCAUGGGAUCUAACCCCCAUCACGACCUGCUCAACCAUGGGAUCUAACCCCAUCACGACCUGCUCUACCAUGGGAUCUAAACCCCAUCAUAACCAUGGGAUCUAAACCCCAUCAUAACCAUG